CACUGUACUUUGUCCUCUGUACGUGUUUACUCAUCAUCUUCACUUGGAGGGUCUUGCACUUCCUGCCGCCUCAGCCAAAGUGCAGCAAUGUGCAGCCUGCUACAAGGAGACUGCUGGUAGCAUCAGCUGCCCUGCAUCCAUGUUUCCAUUGAAGAGGAUGCCGCAGGGUAGGAUGGCUCUGUUUAGCUAGCAGGGGGUUGAAGGGCUGCAAUGCCAGUAAGGAAAGGGAGAGCACCAGGGAGAGGAGAGGGCUCCCAAUGGAGACUGGGGAAGGCAGGCAGCCGCUCAGCCAUCCCAGUGCUGUUCACCAUCACUGAGGAGGAGGAGGGACAGAGACGGAGACAUGAUAUCGGAAGAAAGACCAAAGCGUCCUACUAUCAAUCGGAGGAUGGCAGAGCUUCGUCGGCCACCCCGCCCGGCUCGUCUGCCUCUGGACAGAUCUACUCUCCCACCCUGACCUCCACGCCCACUCCCACUCGCACGGCCGCCAGCACCAGCCCCAACAACCAAAACACUGCAGUUAAAGCAGACUCUUUGCUCUUCAACAAAACGGAUGAGAGGCUGAGGCUGGCCCGUGAGCGCCGAGAAGAACGCGAGAAACAGAAUGCCAUCAAGGAGGCCGAGUGGCAGGCACGUGAGGAGCGGGCCAGGCAACACUACGAGAAGCACCUGGAGGAAAGGAGGAGGAAGCUGGAGGAGCAGAGGAUAAAGGAGGAGCAGAGGCGGGCGGCCGUGGAGGAGAAGCGACGACAGAAGCAGGAGGAUGACAAGGUUCGUCACGAAGCGGUGAUGCGGCGCACUAUGGAGCGGAGUCAGGUGACCAGGCCGAAGACCAACCGCUGGUCCUGGGGUGGAACCCUGCCCCCCAACAGCCCUGGCACUCCCACCGGUUUUGCAGAGUCUGCUUUCCUCUAUCCGCUCGACCUUGCCGGACUGGAGCACGUGCACGGUGCUUUCAGUCUCUCUCGCAGAUACCGAAUGAUGUCCCAAUAUGCUGACCGACGCUCGGUGUCCACUGUGAAUUUAUCCAAGCAUCACGACCCCGUCAUUACCAAACGCCUGUCCUCAUCCUCAGCCACACUCCUCCACUCACCCGACCGAGGGCUGCAGACAAGAGCAACCUCCUUGCCUGCCAUUAACAAAGCUCAGUCCAAACCCCGCCUAUACCGGGGGACUGCCACUCUCCACAAAAACACAGGCCAUCGCCGCCUUCCCCUGACACCAUGGGAGAGCAACGUGGUGAACCGUCUGCAGCAGCCCACACACUCCUACCUGGCCCGUAGCCGCAGUGCCAUGAGUCUCACUGGAGAGCAAACAGCCAUGCCUGUGUGUCCUCGCUCAGUGUCCUGCCACCCCAUGGGCUCCAUGUCCUUCAAGGCCCUGCAGGCCCGCCCCCUCUCUCACAGCCGCAGCCACGAGAGGAGCCUCAGCAGAGAGACGACCUCGUCUGCGCCCGCCCGCAGGAGGACCAUGGGCACAACACAGUCGCCACAGAAGAGUCGCGACUCUGUCAGGAAGUCAUGGAGCAACUUGUCUGUGCCUCUUGGUCCUGCUCUCACUUUACCCCUCAAAAUGCGCACCUCUUCUCCAACCAAAAGAAACGUCAAAGUAACAGCGCCCUCUCCUGGCAGGCCACCUCUGAAGCCCACUGGACGCCCUCCGACCCCCAAAAUGCUUAAGUCUCCAGGGGCAGAGGACCCUGGAAAUUUCCGCCCUGCCAGGAUGACAAUGCCUGACGUUCAGCGCCCGUCUACACCAACCAAAACCCAGGAAACGGAGGACGAGCAGGUCCUCAGUCCUCCUCAGCCGCUGGGCCUCAACAAAAGCAGCACAGAGCAGACGUCGACAUCAACCAGCGAGAACAUAAGCAGUCCCCCCACCCAGAAAACCUCUGCCGGGACCACAGAUCCAGAGGAGGCGAGUCGCAUCAUGGCCGAGAACCGGCGGCUGGCCCGCGAGCAAAGAGAAAGGGAGGAAGAGGAGCGGAGGCAGCAAGAGGAGCAAGCAAGGUUGGCUAAGGAGGAGAUGGCUCGUCGUAAGGCUGAGGAGCGAGCCAGAAGGGAGGAGGAGGCCCACCGCCAGGCCGAGGAGAAGAGAAUGAAGGAAGAGGAGGAGAGAAAGAUGGAAGAGGAGAGGCUGCAGAAAGAGAGAGAGGAGGCAGACAGAGCCCAGAAACAGAGAGAGGAGGAGGAGUCUCGACAGAAAGAGCAGGCUGAGAGACUGAGGCAGGAGAGGGUGAAACACUUUCAGAAGGAGGAGGCUGAGCGGCUGGAAAGAAAGAAGCGUCUGGAGGAGAUCAUGAAGAGGACGAGACGGUCCGACACAACAGAGAAGAAACCACCCAGCAAGAACAGGGACAGCACAGUGGGUGCCGCGUCUCCUGUCCCAUCUGAAGGAACACCAUCUCCCACCCCGCACAGUAACGGCAACAGAAGCCCACCGGACCCCAACAUGAACGCCAGCACCUCCACACCUCCACUGCAAAGGGAGAAUGGUGAGCUUGAGGAGGUGAUUGAGCUGCCUUCGCAUUCCAGAUUGACUCCUCCUCCUAAUAAAGGCGACGAGGAGGAGGAGGGUCAGCAGCAGCAGGGGGAGGUCAUCACCUUCAGGGAAAAUGGACUCCCAAAGCCUCUGAGUGGCGUGGAUGAUAUUUCAGUCCAACAGGGAGCAGACGUGGCCUGAUGGUUUCAUCGGACGAUAUGAUCCAGCCACAGAAAACCAGGAAAAAAGGCGGUUCGAUCACGGAGAAUUAAGUGGCAUCAAAGAGAGGCUCUCGAUGCACUCUUUCUCCACCUUUUGAUGACCCCCUGCAGAGACUCAACAUGACAACAAGCAUCCAUUUUUUUUCCCUCCCAAAGAUGGGUACCGCAAAGAUCGCCCUUAUGAAACAUCUCAGGAGAGGAUGUUUUCCCCUCACGCGUGAUGAUUGAGGCUGGAUGGGCUUUUUCUCCCUCGUUUUGAAAUAACUGUCAGAUGAGCUGUAAAGUCUUUAAUUACAAAAACGUGGUGUUUUUUCCUUCCUUUGACAGUCUGCUUGGCAACAGGACGGUCGGGACUGUCACUUGUGUUAUCAUUUUGUUACAGAAAGGUGGAGAAACAAGUCAGUGACUUCCCACGCUGGAAAGGUGUGUCAUGUAACAUUCUUAUGAUGCACCUAGUGUUGAAAAGUAGCGAUUAUCCAGGGUGGCACCACCAGUUUAAGGUAAAGAUGAAUGAAAACCUGAGCUAAGAAAACAGCUUUAGGGUGAGUACUACUGAUGUUUUUUUUAGUUUAUUUAAUGAAUCUACUCAUGAAAUGUGACCUUUUAUUUUUUAUGUAAUCGGAACCCGGAUAUUCUGUUCAGUUAGCAAAGCAAAACAUCUGCUUGGACUUUAGUUCCUUCUCAGUGGCUCAGCUCAACUUUUAACCCCGUCAGAGCUGCCGCCACACCCGUAUAAACUUAUUACAGUAAUAAUUCUGGAGAUGUUCAUUUUGCAGUAACCUUAUUCGUGAUUCUUUUGGAAUAAAUGCUGCUACUUGUGAUGUUCUGUUGCCUUACCAAGUACAAGGAAGAUUGCCAGGAUUGUCCAAUCCAGUACUGCCAACGCAACAUGCUGUUUGGUAAGACAACGGAGCUCACAACUGACUUAAAUACCAGUAAAGAACAUUAUAUCAAAGCUAUCCUAUAAAUAAUGUAUAAAACAAUAUAUUUUACUAUAAGAACGAGCAGUUUAAAAAAACAUUAUUCCAAGUGUAUUUGGUGAGAAAAAUAAAUCUGUUUGACAUGA